GGGAGACAUUCACAGCGAAUGGGAGCAGAGUGGAGGUGUUUCUCCCCCAGAAUGUCCUUGAUUCAGCUCCGGGAGCCAAGAGAGACACUGAACGGAGCCAGAGCAGUCGCAGGAGCAGUUGGACCAUCCUUCAUUGGAUAAUUUGCUUCUCCUCUACAUCACUUACUGCUGGGAGACGAAGCCACCAUGGAAACUGGAAGCCCGAGAAAAAUACAGUUCACCGUCCCCCUGCUGGACACUCACCUGGACCCGGAGGCAGCAGAGCAGAUCAGGAGACGCAGACCCACGCCGGCUACUUUAGUGGCAUCGAGUGAUCAGUCGUCACCCGAAAUUGAUGAAGAUCGACUCCCAAACCAGUUGUACAAGGCAGCUUUGUUGAACUCUCCUCGGCAGCGGCGGAAAGGGCAGAAGGGGACGCCGACAAUGAAAGAGCUGCAGUUCCUGGUGGAGCACCAUUUGUACAGACAGCAGCAGGGCGGCGGCGACGAGUGCUCGUCUGAGAGCUGCCUGUCAGAUAGACCCAGUCCAGACUCUGUUCCUGUCGGGGAGGAUCUUCCACAUGACGAUGAAGCCACAGCUGAGGCUUUUGAGAAGCUGCGCUGCCAAAUGGAGGAGUUCUCAAGGGGAAGUCUAUUAGAGGCUUCAGGAGGUCCCGAGCGGCCGCUCUCCAAGGAGAAAGAGCUUUGCCCGACCGUUGUCAUAGCAGAUUCCUCAUCGCAACAAAACACGGCACAAGCAGCACGCGGCGAGACUCAUCUGGCAGACAACCAGACAAAAACAGCGAGCCAGGAGAAAGAAAAAUAGAGUCUUGACAAGAUGCUGCUCAGUCUGCUCAGCACAGCGACGGAAGAUUGUGUCUGCAGAUCUGCUGCCGCUGCGAAUCAGGACUCCAGUCAGGCCUUGCUAACCAGCUCGAGGUUUCACUCAAAAGUCUCAUUUAACAGGCUUUAAUUCCAACAUCAUUGUUUCUGUUAACAAGCAUUUGUCAUCACCACAUCAUUACAAACCACCACCGCUCACUCUUUUAAUGUUAUACUAGUUCAUCUGCUAUCAGGUACGUGCCAUCGGUUCUCAAGCAUCUGCCAGGUUUAGGCUUCUAACCAGCACAUCAGGUUGGGCAUUCACUACUGACGCUCUCUGGAAUUUGCCAGAAUAUUGGUUUACAAUCGUAUUUUGAACAAACAGGGUGACGAAUAUGUUGAAUUUUAUUGACUUUAUCCUGAAGUAUAUUUUUUUUCUUGAGUGCAAAUUUGAAUCUAGAUCAACAUGCAUGGCACUGAAUGUACUUUUCUAGGUUUAUUAUCUUUGCUUGUCUGUAUUUUCAAUUUAAGAACAUCCAUUGUAACAACAUCCCUACCAUUUUUUGGCCCUUGUUCUUAUAUUCUUAUGAUCUUUAGGGUGUGUUUUCUCUGAAACGGAAGUGGUUUUAUUUGGUAGGUCAUAUGACAAUCCGUCCACGACACUGUUAAAAAAAAAAAAACUUAACUCCGUUUAAUUGUUCCGCAGUUUACCAUGAACAUUGAGAAGUCAAACAUUCCUGUGCAAACCUUUUUGUUCUGUUGUGUUUCGGACUUAGAUAUUGUAGUAAUCUUACUUGAAUUGAUUGAUGAUUCACAUGUGAUGGAUGUUUGUUUUAAUAAAGAGUUUAAA